AUGGGCGUCGCGGACUCGACGAAUGGCGACGUAUUCCACAACUGGGCUAAGCUGCCAAUCUCCCGCGAGCAGUUCGCACGCGAAUCAAGUGAGGCUAUGCGACUACGUUUUCCAGAUUGUAGGCUGCUGCCUGGCGCGGGAAACAUUUUAUUGCGUCUUAGCCAUGCACGGAGCGCUUUGUCUGGGGAUAUGAUUCGGUUGGCUUUAGCUUCCAGCACUAAAAGCCGUAGUUAUGAGUUGAAAACUUCGGGGUCAGAAUCGAAAAGUCUACUGAGCUUCUUCCACCCGGACAGAAGGGUCCUAGGUGAUGAUCCUCGAGUGCGACGGGGUCGAGGGAAGCCAGCGCCUGACAUUUAUUUGCUCGCAUUGCAGUCGUUAAACUUGGCAAUAGGCUCUGGGGGAACCACCAUCCGGCCUAGCGAAUGUUUAGUCUUUGAAGAUAGCAUCGCUGGGGUAGAGGCAGGAAGACGGGCUGGGAUGCGAGUUGUUUGGGUACCACAUCCAGAUGUAGCAGCAGAGUAUCAGUCGAUGCACAAGGAUAUCCUAGCAGGGAAGUCAGGAAGGUUUCAGGUCGGAGAUGAUUGGCAGCUAGGAGAGAUUGAUGACGGCUGGGCUGAAAGCAUACCUAGUCUGGAAGACUUUGAUUACGAGAAGUACGGCCUCGAAGUGGCAUCUAAAAUACCUUGA